AUGGCAUUUGAGGUGUCGUACAACCUCGAGAAUGAGCAACAGUUCUGGGAUGAGCUCGACGACAUUGUGUCAACACGAUGCCGGGACGAAGAGAGUAUAGAUAACUCUCUGCGCGCAUUUCUCAACGUCACCACGAGCUACAGAUCCGAGUACCUUGAAACCGACUACAGUGUGGCGAAAUGCAUCUUUCGAGUGUUGGAGGGCGAGCUCUUCAAAACACAUAAACAAUAUGUGCGCCGACAGAUGAUCUACUGUCUUCUGCAGGAGGAAGAUAACCCUACCAUUCACCUAGUCGCAGCCCUCCUGUUGUACGACGGCCGAAAUAGCGGAGACGAUGUUCUUUUCGACAUGAUGCAUACCGAAGGCAGCUUUCCACGACUCGUGGAACUAGUACAAGCCGAUGAUGUGCAAGAAGACACGAGACUACAUCAAAUGCUUCUGGAACUCCUGUACGAGUCUUCUCGAGUACAGAGGCUUGAUUGGGAAGACUUUGCCGCGGUUACCGAUAACUUCAUCCUGUACCUCCUAGGGAUUAUCGAAGGCGCCUCAGAUGAUGCCGAAGACCCGUACCAUUAUCCAGUCAUUAGAGUUCUGCUGGUCAUGAACGAGCAAUACCUGGUAGCCUCCACCAGCCACCACAAAGAUGGCCGUCCCCCAGUGACCAACCGGCUGCUCAAAGCAUUGUCAAGUCAUGGUAUGACAUACAAGACUUUUGGGUGUAAUCUGAUUCUUCUUCUCAACCGAGAGUCAGAAACCUCGCUUCAACUACUGAUUCUCAAGGUGCUGUAUCUUCUCUUCGGCAACCCUUCAACCGCCGAAUAUUUCUACACGAAUGACCUACACGUACUGAUCGAUGUGAUUCUCCGAAACCUCAUCGACCUUCCACACGAUUCGAGCGCAGCCAACGCUCUGCGACAUACGUACCUUCGCGUCCUUCACCCCAUCUUGACGAACAGUCAGAUCAGCAAGCCACCACAUUACAAGCGCGAAGAUAUCCUCAGGCUCCUUCACCUUCUUGUGACUAGCGGCAAUCACUUUGCGCCAGUAGAUGAGACAACUCAGCGCCUUGUUGUACGAUGCACCAGCGUGCCAUGGUUGCAAUCGACGGCUGCGAGAAACAACUCGGCUUCUGGUGGUAAUGACAGUGCAACAUCACCUAUCGACCACCUCGCCAAUGGCCAGAAGGAGCUGGCGCGGCGUGCUCUGGGCAUGAGCGUACAGGACGGCGGCGAGAGCUCAACGAGCGUUCUUGAGAUCGCUUCUCACACAGAAAAGCCGGGCGUCCAGACCCCCAGCAUCGCACAUCCAGAGCUGGCAUCGUAG